CGUGUCAAACAUCUUGACAGAAAAAUCAAUGAAAAUAGGUAAUCUAUCAAAAAAUUUAUACUGUUUGUUUACCUCGGAAAAAUUAAAUACCCCCGCAAGUACAAAGAAAAGAUUCUUGCAACUUUCUGCAGAAUAAAAUGUGAACGUAAGAGUAACCGCGCUAUGACGAUCCCGGUGAAAUACAGUGCCAUAAAGCAGGCGAUAUCGCCCAAAAGUGAUUGCAACCGCUAUCUGAUAGGUUUCGUAACGCUACUGGUUCUGCUCGGUCUCUGGCUCCAUGGCGGCUCAAUAUCGGAAACGAACAGUGAACGUAUCUCGUUGGAUCUGGUGGACAUACCGCAGGUAGUGCUAGACAAAGAUGCCGAGCUAGCACGGGCCAGGAACCGGAACUGUUCGUUUUGGGAUUGUUUUAAUGUGUAUAGAUGUGGGCAACGAGCUGGUGGAAGUGCUCCUGCUGCAUCAGAUGAGCAGCUGGAACGAAUAUCGAUUUAUGUGUAUCCGCUUAAAGAGUACGUCGAUGGAGGAACGGGUCGGCAAGCCUUCCAACUCACGAAAGAGUUCUAUGGCAUUUUGAAAACAAUAGUCAAUAGUCCGUACUAUACGGCGAACCCGAACGAAGCUUGCCUGUUUGUGCCGACGCUGGAUACUCUCAACCAGAACAGAAUCGAUGUUAAUCUAGUGGGAAAAGCACUGGCCUCUUUGCCAUAUUGGGAAAAUGGAGAAAAUCACAUCCUGUUCAAUUUCAUCCCCGGAACCGCACCGGAUUACAACACAGUUCUGGACGUGAAUACUGACCGUGCUAUGAUAUUAGGCUCUGGGUUCGAUAGUUGGACGUACCGUCCCGGAUUUGAUCUCGCCAUGCCUAUGUACAGCUCAAUUCUUGAUUACAAUUGUCCGAAACCUGUAGCUAAUGCGGAAAGGAAGUUUCUUCUAAUUUCUUCCCAAUUGAAUAUUUUCCAACGGCAAUAUCGUAUCAUGCAAGAGAUAACUUAUGAUUAUCCGAAUGAUAUACUUCUACUACAACGAUGUCCUACGUCGACGGUUAAAGCGGAAGAAAAUUUAGAUCUUUCUCAGAAAGAAGAUAGUUCCGAAGAAGAGCUGAAACUUCUCAAGGAUAUACGUUGUAAUUUCCCCCAGGGUAUCGAGUAUGAAUACCCAAAUGUGCUGGAAAGUGGUCAAUUUUGUCUUGUCGCCAGAGGUGUUCGUUUGUCUCAACCAACGCUGUUGGAUGCUUUCGCAGCCGGCUGUGUUCCGGUAAUUAUGGCUGAUAAUCUCGUUCUUCCUUUCAGUGAAAUUUUAGAUUGGGACCUGGUCUCAGUACGAAUCUAUGAAAAUAGCCUCCACUCGAUUAUACCCACACUGAAAGCGAUAUCCGUGGAACGAGUUAAUGAACUUCGAGCACAUGGUGCUUACUUCUACGACCGAUACUUUGCCAGUCUGGAGAAGAUAGUCCUAACAAGUCUUGAUCAACUGAACGAUCGAAUAUUUCCACAUCUCAGCCAAACCUACACCCACUGGAACGUGGCAAAAACGCAGUAUUCAACACAAAAUCCACUGUUCCUGCCGUUGAUCGCACCAAAAUCUCAAGGUUUUACCGCCGUGAUCCUCACAUACGACCGAAUUGAGAGCUUAUUCAUCCUAAUCCAAAAACUAGCCACCGUUCCGUCACUGCAAAAGAUUCUAGUCAUCUGGAACAACCAGAAGAAGUCCCCUCCCCAUCCAUCCCUGUUUCCCAAAAUAGGCAAACCAUUGAAAGUAAUCCAAACGGCCGCUAAUAAACUUUCGAACCGUUUCUUCCCCUACGAGGAAAUCGAAACGGAAGCAAUCCUUACGAUCGAUGACGAUAUCGUAAUGCUAACAGCCGAUGAGCUAGACUUUGGCUACGAGGUGUGGCGCGAGUUCCCCGAUCGAAUCGUCGGAUUCCCAUCGCGGACACACGUCUGGGACAACACGACCAACCGGUGGCGGUACGAAUCGGAGUGGACGAACCAGAUCUCGAUGGUACUGACCGGGGCGGCUUUCCAUCACAAGUACUGGAGCUAUAUGUAUACCAACGCGAUGCCUGGUAACAUCAAGGAGUGGGUCGAUGAACACAUGAACUGCGAGGAUAUUGCGAUGAACUUCCUGGUAGCGAACGUUACCAACAAACCACCCAUCAAGGUUGCCCCGAGGAAGAAGUUCAAAUGUCCCGAGUGUACCAACAACGAGAUGCUGUCGGCCGAUCUGAAUCACAUGAUGGAACGAUCGGCUUGCAUCAAUCGGUUUGCCGACAUUUACGGCACUAUGCCACUGAAGACCGUCGAAUUUCGAGCGGAUCCCGUUUUGUUUAAGGAUAACUUCCCGGAGAAGUUGAAGCGAUUUAACGACAUUGGAAGCUUGUAGGCUGAAUGUAUAGGGUAGGAGGAGUUGCAUUUACUAGAUUUUAAGCUAUGCGUGUUAGAGCAGUUAGUGGAUGUUUUUUUUCCUGCAUGGUAUCAGUCAAAUAAUAAAGUCUAGUUCGUGAAUUAGCGGGAGAA